GGUGCUGUCAGGUCACUCCACGUCUUGACCUUUGAUACAGUGUGCGCACUGCCAUUGACGACCAUGUCCAAGCAAUUCCAGUUCAAAUUAGUAUUACUAGGCGAGUCUGCAGUUGGAAAGUCUAGUCUCGUUCUCCGCUUCGUGAAGGACCAAUUCGAUGACUACCGGGAAAGUACCAUUGGCGCUGCUUUCCUCACGCAAACUGUGACGCUCGAGGACCAAACCACAGUCAAGUUUGAGAUAUGGGAUACUGCUGGGCAAGAAAGAUACAAGUCGCUGGCCCCAAUGUAUUACCGGAAUGCCAACUGUGCGGUCGUAGUAUAUGAUAUCACCCAGUCAGCAUCACUAGAGAAAGCUCGCAAUUGGAUCCGUGAACUACAACGUCAAGCCGACCCCUCAAUAGUGAUUGCUCUUUGUGGAAAUAAAUCAGAUCUUUCCGCUCGCCGUCAGGUCUCGGAGGAAGAGGCCAAGAAAUAUGCUGAGGAAGAAGGACUGAUGUGGGCAGAAACUAGUGCAAAGACUGGCGAGGGUGUAUCGGAGAUUUUUACCGCUAUAGCGAAGAAAUUACCCCUGACUGCACCUCCAUCGGCCAGAACUGGUGCAGGUCGCGCACCGACAGGUCCCAAGUCAGUGGAUCUUAACAAGCAGCCGGCGGGUCAGAACUCCAAUGAACCAUGUAAUUGCUAAUCUUAAUAAGUCUUCAUCCCUCUUCCAUGCAUCUUGCAUUUACCUCUAUGUUACCUCUUUUAUUCUGUAACAUAACAUUAAUUUUGGUAUUGACCGUGUUCACUGGAUGUUGACUAUAGACUGGUUAUUCAUCAAGGUUAUUCAUCAACUUUAUUCAAUAAAUUCAUA